UAGAGGUGUAAUUGUAGUAGCAGGCGGGCAGAGAGGAAGUGAGAGGAAGGAGAGAUAAAAGAGAGAAGAAAAAAGAAUAUAAAACCAAGCAAAGUUCAGAAAAGAGAACAAGUGGGAUACACAAGCACUUGUUUCAAGAAAACAGCUGUUAAGAAUGCCUGUCGGAAAUUUAUUUCGGAGAGCGAUUCGAACUGGUUACCUCUGUGCAACAUCUUGUCGCCAGAACAGAAUACUACUUGCAUCGCUGUCCACCCAGACGAAAAAUAAACUUGAUUUAGCGGGUAUAUUCCCUCCUAUUACAACACCCUUCAAUGCCGACGAGACCAUAGCCUUCGAUAAACUCGAGAAGAAUUUAUCCUUAUGGAAGAAUAUACCAUUCAAAGGUUACACUUUGAUGGGCUCAAAUGGAGAAUAUGUCUUUUUAAGUCUGGAAGAACGAUUGGAUAUUGUACAGAAAGUUAUUAGUUUGACCAAAGGAGAUGACAAAAUCAUAAUGGUUGGUACUGGUUGUGAAUCAACACAAGCAACCAUUAAGUUUACCAACCAAAUAGCAUCAGUUGGUGCUGACACUGCACUAGUAGUGACACCAUGCUAUUACAAAGGAGGUAUGUCAAACUCUGCCCUUAUACAGCAUUAUAGAAAGGUUGCUGAUAACAGCUUAAUUCCAAUACUUCUCUACAGUGUUCCUUCAAAUACGAGUAUUGAUUUAGCUGAAGAUGUGAUAAUACAGUUGGCUGAUCAUCCCAAUAUUAUUGGUCUCAAAGAUAGUGGAGGAAAUAUUGCCAAAUUAAGCAACAUUAUAUUUGCUACAAAAAAUAAAGACUUCCAAGUACUAGCAGGGUCUGCAAGUUUUUUGUAUCCAGCAUUGAUGGCAGGUUGUGUAGGAGGAGUUUGUGCUUUGGCCAAUGUCUUAGGAAAAGAUGUUUGUAAUCUGCAGUCACUGUUUGAAAAAGGGUUACACAGCUCUGCCAUAGACCUACAACUGAGAUUGGUGGCGCCAAAUCAAGCGGUUACAGCCAAAUAUGGUAUACCAGGCCUGAAAGUUGCUAUGGAGUGGUUUGGUUUCUAUGGUGGCCAUCCACGAUCACCUCUUCAACCUCUCACAGAAGAGCAAGCAUUGAAAAUGAAAGAAGAUUUUACCACUAGGAAUUUUAUGCAAUAAAAAAUAUAUUUUAUUGGUUCUUGA